CGAACAUUACAAUGUAAUUCCUUGUGGGAUGUAACGACGCAGUGUUUCUGGUAGAAUAUGUGUAGCAGUUAACGAUUCAGUGAAGACUAUCGAUAUAAGCUAUAACGUUUAAGUUAAUGUUUGUUAACUUUACUGACUGAAGUCAGUUAACAUUAGCAAACUGAACUUUAAGAAGUAACGUUAGUGAUGUUACACAUUCACGUAAAAUAUAACGUUAAUACCCAAGUUAACUCCACUAAACUUGCCUAGUAAGAUUGAAGAACAAAUACAAUACAAUGUUACAUGGGAGAUUGUGAAAGAUUUCCUGUUAAGAUGGAUAACAGACCAAGGUUUGCCAGCAACACUGGGACAGGACCAGCAUGGACGCUACCGGAGAUGCAAACAGCUUGCUCGGUACAUCCCUGGUCUUCCUCACGUUCUUGCAACAGAAGGGUUGCCAAAACGAUGACCUUGAACGAGAACUAUCAGACUUGAAGAGGGACUUGAAACAUGGUCAAGAUAUCAACUGCAACGGUAUUGGGCUCGUGUGUACCGACGGCUCACUCAGCGGAGAAUUGCACAGUGGGGAUGACGGUGAACUUCAGACAGAUGGACACUCGCCUACUGUCCACCUUCAGAUGUUCGUACUAGACCAGCAUCCUCAUGUGCAGGCGCCACCACCAGUUCCAGUCCCUGACCAGGCUCUGAGGGACAUCGCCCAGGAGUUGAUCCAGAUUGCAGACCAGUUGGAAAAUGAUGUGAUGGCCCAUGCAACAAACAGACUCUUGAGAUCCCUGCAGAAUUCUGAGAAACAGAACUGGAGUAAGCACCUGAAGCAGGCGGUGGAGCAGGUGCACGUGUCUCUGCGGUCUGGCACCAGCCUUGGGGAUCUCCCUCAGGAGCGUGUGACACUGGCUCUCUCCCUCUCGCUCAUCAAGGCUGUGUGUGAGCACACCCCGCGCUUCCUCCGAGACCUCUUCCACAUCUGGCAGCAGCAGCACGUAAGGUGACCCCCACCUCACCACCUGACCCAACCCAAAGACCAAAUGAAUGCCAUUGUAACUCAGGGGAUGACCACUGCCAUCUUUGCUGUUCCUGGUUCCGUCCAGCUGAAUUUCUGAACAUAUUUGCCGUCUUCUUCUUUUGCUUAAACAUGUUGUGUGAAAGAAAGGGAACAGUGUGAACUAUGAAAUAGAAAAAUGAAGUUUUGUUAUUUUUGUACUAUUUGUAUUUUUGGGAUUAAAAAAAAAAAGAGUGCCAUAACUAA